AGAUCAUCUGGUGUUCAUCCUCGUGUACCAUCUAGUUUUCCUGUGAAAGCUCGAAGAAUGUCCCGCAAUUAUCUCAACCCUGGGGCGAAUUCUUUCGUUCCGGGCCAAUUUGGUCGUCCACAGCAGCAGCCGCCGCAGCAGCAAGGGGGACAACAAGGACAACAGCAGCCCAAUAAUCAACAGAAUGGAUUUUCUCAGCAGCACGGCCAAUUCUAUCAGCAGCAAGCGCCCUAUCAACAGUACCAAGGGUAUCAACCUCAGUACGAGUCGUACUACAACCAAUACCAACAGCAGUAUUAUCCUGGCCAGUACCAGGCCCCGUACGCCCCUCAACAACAGAGAUACGCCCCAGUAGAGCCCGUUCAGGCUGCUCCACCUCAAGAGCGUUCCGCGGUAGUUGAAAAUCCGCUUCCACCAAAGACCAUCAGCUUGAGCAUUGGCAAGAAGCCUGCGGCACCCGUAGAGAGAUCCACCUCGGACGACCCGCCGAAGCCACCCCCGACCAUCAAGCUUAACAUUGGUGGAUCAUCUACAACUGCAGUGAAACCGUCUGCACCAGCAUCGCAGCUGGAAAAUCUAGCACCCACCCAGAAGGCGGCUGCUACUGCCCGCCCCCCUGCUUCCUGCGGGACCCCUGCGGAGCCCACAGCUGUUCCUGGGGGAAAGCCCACUCCAGUAGCUUCAGCCUCACAGUCACGGUCGGACACUCCUGCACUAGCUGCUGUUGCUGCAUCUGCUUCGAAGGCCAAGUCCAAAGAUUUCGACUUCUCCCUGGAUCGAGCCAAGACAAAUGCGGACGCAAUCGAAAAGGAGCACAAUGAGCUCGCUGAUGAAGAAACUCUCCGCGACUUAUACGGUAAGAAGGAAACGGAGGUAGUGGAUGACGGCAAAGAACAUCUCAACAUUGUCUUCAUCGGGCACGUCGAUGCGGGAAAGUCUACCAUGGGCGGUCAGAUUUUGUAUCUCUCUGGCAUGGUCGAUAAACGUACGUUAGAGAAGUACGAGCGAGAGGCAAAGGAAGCCGGGCGGGACACUUGGUAUCUAUCAUGGGCCCUCGACUCUACCCCUCAAGAACGUGCCAAAGGAAAGACUGUUGAAGUCGGCCGUGCUUACUUCGAGACCAACGCUCGCCGAUACACAAUUCUGGAUGCUCCUGGGCACAAAACCUUCGUGCCUAGCAUGAUCUCUGGUGCUGCUCAGGCGGAUGUUGCGCUUCUUGUUAUCUCCGCUCGAAGAGGUGAAUUCGAGACUGGAUUCGAGCGUGGAGGUCAGACGAGAGAGCAUGUCAUGCUUGUCAAGACUGCUGGGGUGAACAGGGUCAUCGUAGUCAUCAACAAGAUGGACGAGCCCACUGUGGAAUGGAGCAAGGAGCGAUACGAUGAAAUUCAGACCAAGCUUAUUCCUUUCAUCCGGUCUGCUGGAUUCAACCCAAAGACCGAUACAACCUUUAUUCCAGUGUCUGGAUACACUGGUCAGAACAUCAAGGAGCGCCUUGACAAGAAGAUAGCCUCUUGGUGGGACGGCCCGUCCCUGUUGGAAUUGCUGGAUACUAUGCCUAUGCCAGACCGCAAAGUCAACGGACCUGUCAUGAUGCCGAUUUCUGAAAAAUACAAUUCUAUGGGACCUAUUGUUGUCGGAAAAAUCGAGUCUGGUCGUAUGAGGAAGGGCGACUCCCUUCUUCUUAUGCCAAAUAAGACACCAGUGGAGGUUUCCGCUAUCAUGGACGAGACAGAGGAAGAGGUGGAUAAGGCUAUCAGCGGCGACAACGUGCGAAUUCGCCUGCGCGGAGUCGACGACGAAGAUAUCAGCCCUGGCUUCGUAUUGACCUCUCCAAGCAAACCCGUCCACGCAGUCACCCAAUUUGAGGCACAACUUGCUAUCCUUGAUCAUAAGAACAUCAUUUGUGCUGGCUACAGCGCUGUCAUGCAUGUGCAUACUCUGACGGAAGAAGUAACGCUUGCUGCUUUGUUGCACUAUUUCGACAAGAAGACUGGACGUAAGUCGAAGAAGCCACCUCAAUUUGCAAAGAAGGGACAACGGAUCAUUGCAUUGGUUGAAACUACAGCACCUGUGUGUGUAGAGCGAUUCGAUCACUAUGCUCAACUAGGCCGCUUCACCCUGCGAGAUGAGGGGAAGACUAUUGCCAUCGGAAAGAUCACGAGAUUGAUCGAAUCGACUGAGCAGCUGCCGGACGUUGGGGGCCUGUCCCUUGGCGCAUCAUCUUCCGCCGCUUAAGGCAAACACCCAUAUCUUUUUUGUGUUUGAAUCUGCCUGAAUCACCCUUGUAUUAGUGCAGCUUGAAUCUGUCGCUAAAUAGAAUGAAGCACAAUUCCAUGUGCAGCCUCG